AUGCACAUAACACCAGCCGUGCUCUCGCUAGCCGGCGUGGUCGCAGCAUCGACACCCGCUAACGCGUGCCCAAAUGUCUCGGUAGCCUGCAAGGCGCUGCAGGCGCCCCUUGGGGAUUCACUGUUCUUCGCCGACAGUAGCGUCUACAAGUACGAGGCGGCGAACUUUUGGUCGAACACGGAGCUGAUGGCUCCUGGCUGUGUGUUCCGACCACAGUCCAGUGCGCAGCUGGCGGACGGCAUCGUGGCACUGGCCAAUGCCAAUGCUCAGUUUGCUGUUCGGGGCGGUGGCCACAUGGGUAUCCGGGGCUCGAACAAUAUCGAUAAUGGUGUCUUGAUUGUUAUGUCGAACUUGACUACUUUGGAGUUGUCGAAGGAUCAGUCCAUUGUGUCCAUUGGUCCUUCACACCGAUGGAGCGAUGUCUACGAAUACCUGCAGAAGUUCGACCUGACCGCUGCUGGUGGCCGUCUUGGCCCUGUCGGUGUGCCGGGAUUGCUCCUCGCUGGCGGUAUCAACUUCUACGGUAACCAGGUUGGCUUCGGCUGUGAUACCGUUGUCAACUACGAGAUCGUCCUUGCCAAUGGCUCAAUUGUGGAAGCUAACGAGAAGAGCCAUCCGGAUCUGUUCUGGGCCUUGAAGGGCGGGAGCAGUAACUUCGGCAUCGUCACUCGGUUUGACCUGGAGACUAUCAAGUCGCGCAAGGUCUGGGCUGGUGCUCAUACCGUGUCUGCUGAAUACAUCGAUCAGUUCCUGGCGGCUGCGGCUACCUACGCGUCUGACAUUUACGACCCCAAGACGCACAUUGUACCAGCCCUCGUGCCCGGCGAGACUACGCUCGCCUCUGUGAUUCUGUUCUACGACAGCGACAGCGUCAGCUACCCCGAUAUCUUCAAGCCGUUCACCGAUAUCCCGGCUAUCAGCAGCACCCUUGACUUCAAGACGGUCGCUGAGUUUGCCACUGAGACAGGUGCAAUGGUAAUUGAUGGCAUCAAUGACGUAUUCGUCGCCGGAACCGUUAAGGGCACAAGCUACAAGGAGCUUCUCAACGGCAUCAGUAUUAUCAACCAAACCUUCUUUAACGAGCUCCCCAAGCUGUACGCGCAGAUUCCUACCGCCAACAUUUCCACUAUCCAGCUGGACUGGCAACCUAUCGGUGCCGACUGGAUGAAGGCAUCUGAGGCUCGUGGCGGAAACACCCUCGGCCUGGACUCCUCGCAGGUCUAUCUCUGCUACGCAGAAGUGGUUGAGUGGAUUGGCUCAACUUACGACGACAUUAAGGCCGGUCUGUACGACGCCUUCAACUACAUGGGUGAUGCUGCUGGCUUCCAGUCUAUCUUCCCUGGCUAUGGCGCGCAGAACCACCGAAGGCUCGCUGGUAUUGCGAAGAAGUAUGAUCCUCAUGGUGUCUUCCAGACUCUUAUGCCUGGUGGAUUUAAGGUUUAG